AUGAAGCCAGUCAAACAAACUGGGCUGGGCAAUCGAAGUUGGGACAAUUUACGGAGGUUUCUGUUGCCGGAUAGUCGACGACAAUAAGGCUAUGUACACAGCUAAUAUGUGCGGAAUGCUAUUUUUGUGUCCUUUAGCGGAGUAAGGAGGAUUUCCAUGUCAAAAAAUAUUCUACUUUUACAAGGAGUUUGGUGUUUUUCGCGAGAGAAAUUGUAGCUUAACUGAAGAAAAUUGCCCUCCCUCUUCGAACUGAGGAUGAUUUUUGCUAAUACUGGAAACCCACUAAGGACUCCGUAUCGCAAACAGCCACCUGUUGCCUCAUCGUCACACCCCAUGGCUCCACCCAGCCCGAGCACCAACAGCACCAACAACAGCAGCAGCAGCAGCACUGCAGGCUGGGACCAGCUCAGCAAAACCAACCUCUACAUCCGAGGCCUGUCGCCUUCGACCACGGACCAUGACCUGGUCAAGCUCUGUCAGCCGUACGGCAAAAUUGUAUCAACAAAGGCCAUCCUGGACAAGACUACAAACAAAUGUAAAGGAUAUGGCUUUGUGGACUUCGACAGCCCCGCUGCAGCUCAGAAAGCCGUGGCUGCUCUAAAGACCACUGGUGUCCAAGCUCAGAUGGCAAAGCAACAAGAACAGGACCCGACAAACUUGUACAUCUCCAACUUGCCCGUGUCGAUGGAUGAGCAGGAACUGGAGAACAUGUUAAAGCACUUCGGCCAGGUCAUAUCCACACGCAUCUUGAGGGACUCCAGUGGCAACAGCAGAGGAGUGGGCUUUGCAAGGAUGGAGUCAACUGAAAAAUGUGACGCCGUCAUUUCUCACUUCAAUGGAAAGUUUAUUAAAACACCUGCAGGUGUUCCGGCACCAUCUGAACCUUUGCUGUGCAAGUUUGCUGAUGGUGGACAGAAAAAGCGACAAAGUCAGAAUAAAUUUGCCCUGAAUGGUCGCGGUUGGGGAAGGGACAGUGACUCCAGACUGGCUGGAAUGACACUCACGUAUGACCCCAGUGCAGCUGCUAUGCAAAAUGGAUUUUUCCCACCAGCAUACAGUAUUUCAAACAGGAUGAUUGCUCAAGCAUCCAUGUCUCCUUACAUGUCUCCGGUUUCAACGUACCAGGUGCAGAACCCAUCCUGGGUGCCUCAUCAACCCUACAUCAUGCAGCACCCAGGUACUGUGAUAUCGCCCUCUAUGGACCCAUCUAUGUCACUACAGCCUACUUCCAUGAUGGCACCUCUUGCACAGCAGAUGAGUCACCUCUCUCUGGGCAGUGCAGGAACGUUUAUGGCCGCCAACACAGCUAUGCAAGGAGGAUAUAUCCCACAGUACGCACACAUGCAGACAUCAAAUGUUCCUGUAGAGGAAAAUGGCGCACAGUCACAAGUGGACUCUUCCGGCAAUCAUUCCCCAUAUUCCUACCAACAAACCAAGUAGUGCUGAGGCAACAUUGGGACGACAGCUAAAACAAUCAUGUCUACAAAUGCAACAGAUGCUGAGGAUCUUUUCACUGUUUUGCACAGGUUCUGCAAAUGUUUAAGUGAGAGUAUUUUUGGUAUCAUUUUCAGAGAGAAUAUCUGAGCUCAAGUGAUUCAAAUUAUAUAAAAAAAAAAAAGAAAAAAGAUUUGAGAAAGUUUUAUUUUCAUACUAGAAAACAUUUUAUUUUUUACCGAGGAUUGCCACAGGAUGCGAGGAAGAAUCACGUGACUAGUUGUUCGAAGUGCAUGACAGUAAAUAUGUUUUGUUAAUACUUCCAUUUCCUUUUCCGAAGACUUUUUUUCAGCCAGACAUUUUGAAAGUGAUGUUUUUGUGCUUGCUGUGUGAGUGUUGCUAUGGUGAAGUGUUACGUGUUGUUUUCUUGUAAAGUGAUUUCUCUUAGUACUUUAGAUUGAUCUUGCUGUCUGAUUCGAAUUUGCCUUCAUAGUUUUGAUACAGAAGUUGUACAGACCACCACAGAGAGCAGCAAUAAGCAAAUAAUUUAGAGAGCUAUUGCCUUGGAAAUGAGCUAUGUCAGACUUUUUCUAAUGAAGUCAAGGUGUUAUUGCUUUUUCCCCUCCCAAAACUGAUAGACAAGUAGAAGACAUUUAGAGAAAACUGAAAAACGACUCCACAUCUGAUGAUUUUAUUGGAUGUAAUAUUUAUUUAGUAAGAAGACCUUACAUGUUUCUGGAUGUUGGAAUGUGUUACCUUUUGAAUCUUGCCUUUUUGAUUACUUGGUAUAGUAGAAUAGCUGAAAUUGAACUUGGCAGGGCGGGGGAAUGGGCAGGGCAAAUGUGUUUUGUUUGUCGGUCACCUUUUUGUCUUUCGGGGUAAUGUUAAUUGUUAUUUUCAUGGGAUGUCUCUUUUUUCACUUUUAUUUGAAAAAAACUAACAGGAAAACACAGACUUAUGAUUGUGCAAAAAAACCUCAUCAAAGCCUUUUAAUAGAACUUUGGCAAAAGUUCAGCAAGUUUGAGGGCAACAUGAAAUGAAUAUGUGUAUUUUAUUGCACCUCGCUCUUUGAUAGGAAACAGACAGGCACUUUCAAUCGUAGUUUACUUCACCAAAGAUUGGGAGCUAGUACACUGAGGAAAAUCAUUUGUCUCUGUAACCAGGAUACAAGUGACUCUGCAAACUAGACUGCAGUUUGGACAGUGUGCCUUUUUUUGUACAACUAUUAUUACAUACAGUUUUCAUAUGUAAUAGUACAGUACGGACACACAUGAGCAUGAAGGAAGGCCUGGAUCCAACAAGUGCCACAAAUUAAUUUCAUACUUAAAAAUGCAACAUUACAGUUAGGAUUAAGUCGAAGGGACAGGUCACCCCAAAAUCAAAAACACUUUUUUCCUGUAGUGCUUUUGAGAUUGUUUUGGUGUUGCCAAGUGUUGGUGAUAUUGGUUGUAAAGAUGGCCACCUUCUGUUGAAUAUAAUGGAACUAGAUGACACUAGUGACAAAUGUCGCUUUCUAGAAAUCAUGACCCUGUUACUUAAGAUUAUCCACAGACCAUGUUGUAGGAACUAUUCUCUUUCUACCGAACUACAAUCGCCAACCGUAUCACUGUGCAGAAGGAAGCAUGCAUCUACUGCUAGCUCACCUAGCACCACUGAGCUAGCUAACGUUACAGCUCAGCCAAGGAGGACGUCAUUUAUGUAGCCUCUUGUCCAUGAGUAGAUGCACUCUUCCUUCUGCGUGGUGAUACAGUUGGCGGGUGUAGUUUGGUAGAGAGAAAAUAGUUCCAACAUGAAACUGCUCACAACAAGGUCUGUGGAUUAUUUUGAGUAAUCAGGUCAUGAUUUUUGGGAAGCGACAUUUUAAAAAAAAAUAAUUUUUUGGCGCUUUGAGCACCACAAGCAGAGUGCCAUCUGGGUACAUUAUAUUCAAGAGAAGGCAGACAUCUCUACAGCUGAUAUCUCCAACACUCGGCAACUCACACCAAAACAAUCUAGAUUAAUAAAUAGCACUGCUGGUAAGAGGAAUAUUGUGAAUAUUUGAGUUUGGGGUGAACUGUUCCUUUAAAAAGAAAUCAAUUUAAGCUAUAAAUGGACAGUGCUAUGACCUUUUUAAAAAAUAAGUCAGAUAAUGUUUCGAACAAGGUGGAUUAAAACAGGCUUUUUUUAUUACGGUAUCCUCCAGUAAGCCUGUGAUUCGACCUGGUGGUCAGUCAGACCAGUUAUCUACCUCAGAGUUUUCUUUCUCCUCUGUACUAGGUCGGGUUAGCAGGUCCAGCCCGCCCUUCCAGACCAAAUGCCACGCUCAGGAGCUGGCCACACACAGCUGUUUCCUUAUAGGUUGUUUUGAAUACUUUUUUGAUUUCCUUCAGACCUUUUUUUAUGAUGUAUUAUUGUAAUUAAUUCGAGGGGGGUGACAACAUGUCUCUACUCAUGUUCACGCAUUCAGUUUGAUAGUUUUAAAAGAACUGCUGCUUUCACGGCAAUAGAUUCCAGAGGCUGAUUUCAAGAUGUUAAAGACCAGCAAUGACAACAAAGCCUUGUGGCGUUCACUGGAUCUGCGCUCCUGUAAACAAACACGUUGCAUUGUUGCAUUGUAGGGGAUCUAGACAAACUCGCAGCAGCAUUUCCUCCGUAGUUUAGCUCGGGUGUGCAACAAAUGUAAAGGGCCGCUGUGAUUAUACUUGAGAUUUCUGUGUAAUGCCUGAGACUGAGAAGUAAUACUGUCUUGUGAGGUUAAUGCUGCUAGUGGUGUCCGAACCAAGUGCCAUAGAAUCUGGGUCAAGAGUUGCAGAGGUGCACAUAAGACAAAUUGGUCAUAUAAGUAACCACCAUGUUGAACAGUCAUUAAGUUAUGAAAAAAGUUCUAAUUUAUGAAGAUUGUUGUACAGACAGUUUGAGGAAUAAGAGAUUUUCAUAGAGCUAUAUGAAAGUUUAUUGUUUUUAUUUUUUUUACUCGUGCCACACAAUUGCCAGUGGUAACUUGUAUGUACAGAUUAAGGAAUCUAUCCUCUGUCAUUUUGUUUUGUAGUGUUUGUUAAGCCAAAGACUUUUGUUUUCUCAGUAGAAUGUUGCCUAAGGUUUAUUCUUUUCACUUCUUUGACAUUUUUGAAUAAAAAUUUUCAAAAUUUUCAAGUUUUAA